AUGCCAAAUGUGGAAGAUGGAGUGCAAAACACACUCGAAAGCUCUCAGCACAGCAGUGCAUUUCAAAUUUCUGCAUCUGACUCCAUUGAAUCCAAGUCUUCUCUGCUGGAUGUUGACGCUUCUCUGAAGGCCAGCUUCCUGGGUGGACUGAUUGAAGUUGGAGGAUCUGCCCAGUAUCUGAAUGAUGCGAAGAUUCAAGAUCAGAGCAGAGUGACAUGUCAGUACAAAGCUACAACCAACUUCAAACAGCUGUCAAUGGCUCACCUUCUAACCAUGGACACAGAACAGGCAGAUCUUAUUAAGAAAGGUUUUGCAACACAUGUAGUCACAGGCUCCUUUAUGGGGGAAAGCAGAUGCUUCUUUGUGUUUGACAGUGAGAAGUUAGAAGCCAGCAGCGUUCAAGACAUCCAGGGCCACAUGGAAGCUGUGGUAAAGAUGAUCCCCUCUUUUGAUAUCGAGGGGAAAGUUGAUAUCAAGCUGACUGAUGAGGAAAAAAACACAACUGAGAAAUUCUCCUGUAAAUUCUAUGGAGACUUCAUUCUUAAAAGCAACCCUGCAACAUUUGAAGAGGCAGUGAAGACCUAUGUCGAACUUCCAAAGCUUCUAGGAGAAAAUGGAGAGAACAGUGUUCCAGUGACGGUCUGGCUGAUGCCACUGAAGAAUUUAGAUCCAAAAGCUGCUGAGCUGAUGAGUGGGAUCAGCGUUGGACUAGUGAGGAAGGCGGAAGAUGCUCUAGAAGAUUUAAAGGAAAUAGAAAUGAGAUGCAAUGAUUCUCUGGAUGACGGAGUAGCAGAGCAUUUUCCACAGAUUCACAAAGAUCUAAGCAGUUUCAAAAAAUCCUGUAAUUAUUACACAUCUUACCUCCAGCAGAUCAUGGGAAAGAAAUUUCCCCUCAUCCGUGAAGGUAAAGAAGAUGAGAGUUCAAUCAAAAAAGUCUUUGAAGACAGACACGGGUCACCAUUCAGUCAUGACAAACUCAGCGAGUGGCUGGAUCAUAAAGAGAGAGAAAUCAACGUCAUCAGGUCCUGUGUAGGAAUGAUGGAGGGAGUGAAGAUCGUCCAGAGUCAGUCAGAGUUGGACAGAGAGGUUCUUGCUGCAGGUGUAGAACAUGCUGUGUGCUUCGUUUUCACCUCCCUGAAGAGUGCUGACCCCGGCCUUGAUGCGAUGAACAACUACCUGGAUACUCUUGAGUUAAAAAGUACCACUGAAGUCCCAUGGUACUACUCAGAUGAAUUUUUAACCGAAAUGAGAGAAAAAGCAAAAGAGGUCCACAAUCUUGCCAAAGCACUGAAGAACAACCCCAGAGUCUGUUUCCUCAUAGCGUCGAUUGCAAAUGAGAAGUACACAGGAGCAACUAUCUACCAUUACAAGGACGGCAUCCUGGUCAGUGAAAAUUUCACAAAGCUAAACCUCCCUCCUGUGGAGAAGAUCACAGACAGGACAGAUCUGAUGCUUUAUGCCUGUGACCUCACCCUGGAUCCAAACACUGCAAACGGGUGCCUCACUCUGUCUGAGGGAAACAAAAAGGUAGCAAUUGGAGGAACACAGAACUAUCCUGAUCACCCAGAGAGGUUUGAUAAACAACCUCAGGUGUUGUGCAGUGAGGGGCUAACUGGGCGUCAUUACUGGGAGGUAGAGUUGAGCAUUACCCCCUAUCCAUGCGUUAAAGCUAUAGCUGCUGCAUACAAAUCAAUUAAAAGAAAAGGAGACAGUUCACAGAGCUCACUUCGUGAUAGUGCCAUAUCAUGGGCUUUGUUCCUGUAUGCUAGAGAUACAAAGAACACACUUUGUAUAUGGGAUGAUGGGAGGGCGAAGGAACUUCCCUUUGGCUGCAGCAGAGUUGGGGUGUAUCUGGACUGGCCUGCUGGCACUCUGUCCUUUUACCAAGUCUCUUCUAACACACUGAGUCACCUGCACACCUUUCACACCAAAUUCACUGAGCCUCUUUACCCAGGCUUCUUUGUUGUUGGGCCCGGUUAUGCAUACCUGUGUCCAUUUGAAUAAGAGCAAUGACAAAAGAUUCUUGGUCUGUGCCCAGAAUUAAAAAUCAUUCCAAGUGAAUCAAAUGGGUCAAAUAAAGUCCUGAUCGUUGUGCUGUGAUAGUUAAUAAUCAAUAACCAAAAAUAUACAUCAUUACUCUGAUAUCUGUGAUUUUAUUUUGGCGGGUUUCCGCCCAGUUUCCUCUGUAAAUCUAAAAAUGAAUCUGGAAGCUGUCAGAUUGUUUCGAUCAUUCAAGUCUGGACAGAAAGACCAAAACCAAAAGAAAGGAAAUGAGGACUCCUCCGUCAGCAAUGUUUGUUUGUAUGUUUGUAUUUUCCUUCAUUUAUAUUCAUUCAUCAUUUUAUACUUUGAUAUAUAUUCUCUAUAUGCAUGUUUGACUUACUCCUAUUACACUCUUAAUUUGUUUCAUUUGAUUUGAAAGUUACAUUUGAUUGUGUUUCUAUUUUUUUUACUUUCAUUUGUUUUAUUUUGAUGAUCACAAUUAAAAAUCAGAAUCAGUGUUGUUACCCAAAGAUUUCUUAUUGUUUCUUUUUAUGUAUCAUUCAAUCAGCUCAUCAUUAUUAUAAUUAUCAUUUUAACACUGACAUGUGUUACUUCCUUUGUAGAUGAAUCUUGUUCUUGUUUUUUUCUGGGGUCUUAACACCAUGGUGUAGGGUUCAGUUAAAGACAUAUUAAUGAGUAAUUAAUCAUUGUUCUGAGGACAGAAUCACUGUUAACACCAUUUUCUAGAUGUUAAGUAACCUGCUAAUAUUUCUAAAGCUGAAUCAAUGUCAGAUUCCUGUGAAACUGCACCACCUGUUGGGCGUGUUUAUGCUGAGCAGAAUAUUCAAUAAAGUGCAGACCUGA